AGUAAAAGGCUGUCGGACUGGAGCUGGAGCUGCUUUCUCUGAGCUGCAAACUGAACGCAGAUCUGUGGACAGCAGCCGCUGCUCGACAGACGAGCCGAGGAAGCUAGCCGUCGGCACUGAAGCUGAAAAAAGAAAAAAGAGAGAGGCAGACAGAGAGAGAGAGAGGAGGCUCAGACGACCAUCAUGGACCGCAAACGGGACCCUCAGGAAGGAGCCACGGGGCCGAAAGAUGAAGAGUUGCCACAGAUGGACGGGUCGUGUGACGCGUGCGAGCCCGACGAGGCCAAGCCGGCGACGCAAGCGUGCCACACCUGCAGCUUUGCCUUCUGCCCCGUCCACGCCGAAAGACACUCCAGGAGUACGCGUCACGUCCUCACGCCUUAUAACUGUGAACAGGCAACACAGGCUAAUGGUGCUGGCACCAGCAGAGGCCCGAGAGCCGGGGCCGGGGCCGAUAAAGCCAGUGCAGUUGGUGCAGACCCAGGAACGGCGCCACUUGGCGCGCCAGUGGCUGAAGGGGAAGAGCCCGGCGGUAAAGAGGAAAGGGAACAGGCCCAGAACCAUGUACCUCAGGAAGCUGAGGCUGGAAAAAACGGCGCAAAUGCAAAACCAGAGGCCGCAGAAGGAAAACCAGAGCCUGGAAAGAGGGAUUUCGUGACAGUUGAGAGACUGCGCUGCAAAGAGCACGGCGAGGAAGGCUCCCUGUACUGCAAACGGGACGAGAAGAUCAUCUGCGUGGUGUGCGCCGUGCAGGGCGAACACCGGGAACACGAGAUCAUUACGCUGCGCGAGGCCUACAUGUGGCAGAAGAGCAGGGAGGGUUACGACCUGGUGGGCUGCACGCAUGAGAUGGGCGAGAGGAUCAAGAACAAGUGGACCAGUGGAGAGAUGACAACAGAUGAGCUGGAGGAAUACGUCAACGACCAGUUCGAGGAGCUCCGUCAGCUGGUGCUCCUCGAGGAAAAGAGGACUCUUCACCUGGUCGACCUGAAAGAGGCCUUCCUCACGGCGUCCGCCGUGGAGAAGAUCGCCGAGAUCACGGUGGAAACCGAGAAGCUGCAGGAAGAAAUGGCCAGCAUCACCAACCAGCUCUGCCUGCUGGAACAGGCCGAAGCGCAGUCUCUGAGUCCGGCGGUGGCGCUGGAGGCUCUCCUCGCUCUUCCAGGAGCGUCCCAUAAACCCUCGCACGACAUUGAGGCCAGGCCAAGGUUGCCGGAGCCGAGGGCCGACCCUGUGAAUCCGCGGGACUUUGAAGACAAUGACUCUGGACCGUCCAUGGACCACGCCCCCUGAUACGAAGCAGGCCGCUCCGUCCACCUGUCCUUCACCGUCUGCCUCAGCCGGCCGUCGGCCCUGUUGCACCAUCAGUCCGUCUCCUCCUCAUCCUCCCCCCCUCCUCCCCCUCUCAGUGCCUCCGGCAGUGAGCUGACCUUGAAGACGGCUGGCGUGACAAAUAUGGAUGGCCGCGUCUUUUCUACACUCGAACUUUUUUCUUUUUUCGUUUUUUUUUUUAUAAUUCCUCACUCGCUACUAACUUUCUUUAAUUGAAGCGCGCAAGUCAUGUGCAAUCAAUUACCAUCAGGCUCAAUUUCCACCGCCAGUCAGAUCCUUGGCUUACUGGUGAGCCGGGCUGACUCAGAGAGGAGUCUGGGUAGGCAGCCGAGCGGAGCGUCUGUUAAAGCCCGGCAGAUGUCAGGAAACGGGAAUUUCUGUGACGCUGCGCCCGCUUCACUCUUCAUUUGUUUGCUGUAUCAUUUUUGGUUCUGCCACUUUGACAAACACUCUGGACACACACACACUCUGACACGGAACGGGGAGCAUUUCUCACACGCCACAAUGCCUUAACGUCGUCGAGGGGAAUAUAUUACGAAUGAGCCCUGGGUGUUUUAUUUGAUUGUGAAGAGAGAGGGGGAAAAAAAAUGAAAAAGACAUCUGUGUCUCCUGUGCUUUCCAUCAUCUGUUGCCCCCCCGCCCCACAUUCAUCGCCCCACCCCGGGCUGGUGGAUUGGUGAGCACUUCCUCAUGUGCUUGUCAUAUCUAUUAUCAAAAGCGGGGGACAUCUUGACACCUAUCGAUUGGCGAAUGUUGCUGAGUCUUUGUUAGGUAAAAAAAAAAAUCGAACUGCAAUUUGACUGUGCAAAAUAGCACAGUAUCCCGCAGUAUCGGCUCUCCGUGUGCCGCAACGCAAAGCCUCAUUACUCCUGACCAAUCUGCAGCCUAUGACGGAUUGCGAUCCUCACAAACGCGUGCACUUUCUACCUUGACCCUCUCGGCUGUAGUUCUCAUUCACGAUGUACUGCCGGCGAGUCUGUCCGGAUCAGCAGUUUGUUUUUAAUGUGAUUGAUUCUGCUGCCUUAAAUUGAAAACUGAGAGGCGUUCCACCCAUGAUACAAUUUUGAUAACGACAAGACUUCACUGCUGCACUAAGAUGCACUAAGAGUUGUAGAUGUACCCAAGGGAAAUGCUGUUGUGUCAACAGCCUAUUGAAGAAAAAAAAAAAAAAACACACUGCAAGUGCUUAUUCUUUCUUCUGGUGUAACAACAGACACGAGUUGGACUCUCUGAUCUUUCCUCUUGUUUGUAUUUGUCUAUUUCUGUCUUAAAUCUAUAAAUAAACAGCCAUUUUUUUUUCCAAGA